AUGAACGGCAUCUGUGAAUUCUUCAAAGCGCACGGCUUCACGAUGACCAUCGUCGCCGGUGUCAUCAUCAUUGUUGUUCUCGCCACCGUGGCGUCAUGUAAAUUGGCGGCUUGGUGGUUCAGAAAGCGGGAUUCCCAACGACUUCUCCAAGAAAUCGAGAUGCAUCAAAGAGAAAAGGCCAAAUAUCAAGAAAUGAGAGAUAAGAUGAGAGAGCAGCGAAAGGAAGCCGGAAAUCGAGGACCAUCUGAGGCGGAGGGCUCCGAGACGCAGCCACUGACCCAAGACUCAUAA